AUGGCGAAAAGAAGAAAAAGCCUUGCUGACCAAGUUCCCACUGAAAUCUUUUGGUCUAUCUUCAACAAGUUAAGUUUCAUAGAUCUGAUUCAAGCCAAAGCUGUUUGUUCGUCUUGGAAUUUAGCCGCAGAAGAGUUCGUUUCAAAGAUGCCAUGGCUAAUGCUUCCUUCGAAGAAAGAAGUUGAAGAAGGAGACGGUGCUUUUGUUAACAACAAUGGCUACAAUGGGUUUUUCAAUCUGUGUGAAAAUAGGGUUUAUAACUUGAAAACCACGCCAAUGGAAUUCAGGGAAAGCUGCUGGUUAAAAAAGAUGGAAAGAAACGAAGAUGGUGAGUAUGAACUUGAUUAUCUUAAAAAGAAUCAAAGGUUCUUUUUCAAGGUCUGCGGGAAACAACAAGUACGAGAAUGUUUUAUUCAGAAGGCAAUCCUGUCUGGAAAACCAGAUUGUAAUGAAAACUUCGGUGUGGUUUUGUUAUGUAACAAUCGUGAAGAGAUUGCUUAUCAUCAACGUGGAUACAAUUCUUGGACCGUCAUUGAUGUUAGCCAUCCACCUUACCGAGACAUAAUCUGCCAUAAAAACCAUCUCUACGCAUUGAGUGAUAACAACAGUAUCGAAGUAUGGGAUUUAGGCGGCAGGGACUACGUUGGCCGGAUCGUCAAUAAGUCCGAUAUCGUUCUUCCCUUUCCCGACAAGUCACAUACCAAAGGAAAUUCUUUAAGAGGUUUUGGUACCAGCAAGUUCUAUUUGGUCGAAUCAUGUGAUGAUCUUCUCCUUAUUGUGAGAUUCAUUGGAGAUUAUGUGGGAUUUGAUGGAACAUUACUUACUGAGUGGGAUCUUUUAACUGAAACCUGCACCCAACCCAAAAUUUGUCCUUACAGAACAUGUUUCUUCCAUGUUUAUAAACUGGAUUUCGAUGAACUAAAAUGGGUGGAAGUCGAAUCUUUAAACGAUCGAGCUUUGUUCUUGGGCGGGAAUCAAUCUGUCUCUGUCUCCGUUCAAUCUUUUCCAAACUGCGAAACAAAUUCUAUUUACUUCACCGAUGAUUGUUGGGAGAAAAUGGAAGAAGAUUAUAAUUAUGGUGGUCAUGAUACGGGCAUAUAUAACAUUAAAGAUGAAAGUUUCAAGCCAAUUUAUGAGUUUUCUUCAGACAAGAUUCAACCACCACCUUGUUGGAUCAUCCCAUCAGCUAUGCUAGAAUCCCAGCUUGGACAAUGUGUUGCAAGCUUGCCGGGCUGUAACUAA